AUGGAAGAGUUUCGCCAAUUGAUCGAGAACCAACAACAAAGACGAAGGGGGAGAUCGCCUCGACAAAAUCACGGAGGAAGCCAAGAAUGGAGUCGCACACCCUCACACUCGAUAUCGCAACUAAGUCGAGGCAGUCAUGUGCGACGACAUUAUACCGCUGGAGGAGUUGAGAGAAUUGAGCAGGGUUUUGCUUUAAGUGUGGAGAAAGAUGGGGUCAUGAUCAUAAAAACUGGGAUUAGAGCUAUCUACAACUCCCAGAUACACUGUGGAGGUAGGAAAUGGGGAUCAAGUGGUGCAAAAAGGGUGUUGCCAAGAAUUGAAGUUGCAGGUCCAAGGGAAGAGGUCAGUGUAAUAGGGAUAAGGGUUCAGUUGGAUGCCACCGAAGAAGAUGGAGGCCAAGGUAGCAACUCUGGAGAACGAGGUCGCAAAUCUACGAUCCACUCUGGUUGCAAUGCAAUCCAAGGCGAAGGAGAACCAGACGAGGCUAAUUACAAUGCUUACCAAGACAUUGGAGGAUACUCGGAUGGAGCAUAA